CUUCACACUCCACCAUCUCCUCACUCUCGGACCACUCCUGAAUUAUUCACAACAAAAACUUUCUUUUGGGAUAUUCCCCUCUUUUUCCACACCGGCUUGGAUGUGCGUUUAGGAGCCACCAAAGAGAAGCAAGGGACAUAUUGCGUGUUUUCACCGACAAGUAAGUACGGCACCGCGGGGAAGAAAUAGAAAAACGCCUGUGCCAUGUAGCAGCACUGUCUCUCCCUCUCUAAAGAAAGACAUACUGGAAAUACAUCUACGAGCCCCGCACAGCAGCCAGCUAGUUAUUUUUUACUUGAAGGGGGGAAACUACAAAUAUUCUGUGAAGCUCUUAGUCGCAGUUUGGCUCCAGGCGAAAAAAGCCAGAGCAACUGCUUACUGCUGGGGGUGGGGGUGAAACAUUGUGAAGUGCGAAAGAAGAGCGAUAUGCGGCUUGUUCGGCAGCUGGUUUCGCAGUUCGUUUCCUGGAAUUAGUGGAUGAAUGGGAAGGGAGCGGCUGAAGCCUCGAACCGGGGAAAGAGAAUACUCGGUGAGAGCGAGAGGAGGCACACAAUGGAUACUUGUCCGUCUCUAAAGGUGAAAAAGUGAACAGAUGAGGUGGAGGACUUCUUCCUCAGCACACACAGAGACGCCACCUUGCAGUGUUCAUCCGUGGGAGGAAAGGAAAGACUUGGGAUUGUUUGUUGCCCGCAGGAGGGAUUCAAGGCUGCUUUACAUCCUGCUCGCUGAGUGUGAAUGUGUGGCCUUGACGUAUUUUCGAGGGACCGUAUGGCACAAUACCACACGAUAUAGGUCCCUUUGCAUGAACUAACAUGGACAAAGUGGUCAUCAGUCUCCUGCUUCUGGGAACCGCAGUAACGAUGGUCCAUGCAUGUCCAAAAUACUGUGUCUGCCAGAACCUCUCAGAGUCUCUAGGGACUCUGUGCCCCUCCAAAGGCCUGCUCUUUGUCCCGCCAGACAUUGACCGGCGAACUGUGGAGCUCCGGCUGGGCGGCAACUUCAUACUCAAGGUCACCACCCAGGACUUUGCCAACAUGACGGGUCUGGUUGAUCUCACCUUGUCCCGUAACACCAUCAGCACCAUCCAGCCUUUCUCUUUCAUCGACCUGGAGACCCUAAGAUCCCUUCACCUCGACAGUAACAGGUUGACUGAGCUCGGACCUGACGACCUCCGAGGACUGGCCAACCUGCAGCACUUGAUCCUCAACAACAACCAGUUGAAUCGGAUCGCCGACACAGCCUUUGACGAUUCGUUACUGACACUGGAGGAUCUGGAUUUGUCGUAUAACAACUUGCGCAGUGUGCCUUGGGAAGCCAUCCGCAAGAUGGUCAACCUCCAUCAGAUGAGUCUGGAUCAUAACCUCAUCUUCUACAUUUCUGAGGGGACUUUUACAGAUCUGGAUAAAUUGGCCCGCUUAGACCUCACCUCCAACCGUCUUCAGAAGCUCCCUCCGGACCCCAUCUUUGGGCGCUCCCAAAGCAAUGUAGUGAUGAGCACUCCUUAUGCACCUCCACUCUCUCUGAGCUUUGGAGGAAAUCCAUUGCAUUGCAACUGCGAAGUGCUUUGGCUUCGAAGGCUAGAGCGGGAUGAUGAUAUGGAAACUUGUGCAUCUCCUAAUAGUCUAAAGGGGCGCUACUUUUGGUCUGUACGUGAGGAGGAGUUUGUUUGUGAGCCCCCUCUCAUCACGCAACACACACAUAAAUUACUAGUGCUGGAAGGCCAAACGGCUAGCCUGCGCUGCAAAGCAGUCGGGGAUCCGAUGCCAACUGUGCAUUGGGUUGCUCCUGAUGAUCGUUUGAUCAGCAAUUCCUCCAGAGCAACAGUAUAUGAAAAUGGCACCUUGGACAUUACAAUCACCACAUCCAAUGAUUACGGGAUUUUUACCUGCAUAGCUGCCAACGCUGCAGGGGAAUCUACGGCCUCUAUUGAGCUGUCAAUCAUUCAACUCCCCCAUCUGAGUAAUGGUACAAACCGUACCACACAAUCCAAGUCAGGGCUUUCAGAUAUAACCAGUUCUACCAAGAUAAGUAAAGGGGAGCCUAAACCUGUACCAGAAAAGGUGGUUUCUGUAUCAGAAGUGACUGCCAUCUCUGCGCUGGUCAAGUGGACUGUUAGCAAAUCAACUCCAAAGGUCAAAAUGUAUCAGCUUCAGUACAAUUGUUCUGAGGAUGAAGUCCUCAUUUACAGGAUGAUUCCCACAACCAACAGAGCCUUCAUAGUCACAAAUCUUGUCCCAGGGAUGCAGUAUGACUUGUGUGUCUUGGCCAUCUGGGAUGACACCGCCACAACCCUAACUGCCACCAAUAUCGUCGGCUGUGUCCAAUUCAUAACCACAGAAGACUACCCGCAGUGCCAGUCACUCCACAGUGGCUUCCUCGGUGGCACCAUGAUCCUAGUCAUCGGCGGCAUCAUCGUGGCCACGCUGCUGGUGUUCAUCAUCAUCCUCAUGGUGCGGUACAAGGUGACAAGUGGUAUCCAGACCGAUAAAUUACCCGCUGUGAGCAACACAUACUCGCAGACCAACGGGGGGUUGAACCGGUUCAGCGGUGCCCAGCCGCAGGUCAAAUCCACAGUGGUAGUCAUGCGUGAGGAAAUGGUAGAGUUCAAGUGUGGAUCCCUCCAGAGCAGCCUAUCUUCAUCUUCAUCCUCUUCUAACUCAUUAGACAGCAAAAUAGGAAGGGGGGCUGGCGACCGCUACAGCAUGCAGAGCAGCGAAUGCAGCACCUUGCCCAGCAGCAAGUUCAGAAGGCAUGGCACCAAAGCACGGCCAAACCUGGACCACCUUUUAGGGGCCUUCACCUCACUGGAGCUGCGAGGGGUUGCAAGGGACCAGCGGGCUUCUGGCCCCACUACCUCUUCCAAUGCUAUGAUCACGGUGGCAAUGGUACCCCCGUCUGAUAAACAACCCCUGCUUGGUAGGGCCGAGUCAACCACCAUGCUGGGACGUCUAUUAGGGAUGCCCCAAGAGGGUAAGCCCAAGAGGAGCCACUCCUUUGACAUGGGUCACGUGGGGGCCGCACAAUGUCGCGGCAGCCACCCUCGCAGAAUCAGUAACAUCUGGACUAAGCGCAGUCUGUCUGUUAACGGCAUGCUGCUGCAGUACGAUGACAGUGAGGAGGAGAAACCCACUUUUGAAAGCACUGAGUGGGUGAUGGAAAGCACAGUUUGAGAGGGUCUUACUAUGAGAUCUAUGGCCAAUACAUCUAUAUCAGGAGCUAAAAGGAGUGUUUUGGCAGGAUGUUGCAAAUGGGAAUAUGCCUUUGGGUAUUGCAUGAAGUUCAUCGAUGUGAAUACUGUCUAAAUUAUGUGAGAAAAGACCAUAGAUUACUGGCCAUGAUCUCAAAUCUCUGAAAGUGUAUAACUGUAUUUCAAUACUGUUCCCAUGUCAAUACAACACCGAAUCUUGGAUUGUGCAGUGGUAAUAAGUUCCCAACCACAAGGCAUAUGAACAUGCCUGCGAGAGAAAGAGGGAAAAGAAGGAUGAGAAAUUCUGAGUGGAUUUACUACGUCUUUAUCAAAAAAACUGAAUGCCAAGAGGAUUUAUCUGGGUGGUGCUGAACUGAAUGUGCAUCACAAUGUCUGGAUGGACCCUCAGCAUGAAAUGGGACUACAACAGUAACUGGGACUGCUGUACAAACAGUACAGUAGCUAGAAAAACUGGAGGAGUGAAUACAACAUUAAAACAAAGUCAUUUUUAUUUUCAUCUUAGUUUUUCUACCAUUUUUACUAUUUAUUAUUUGAGGUAAUUCAUUAGCAGGCACAGCUCUUUUGAUGAGAUUAUAGACAUACACAGAAGCUAUCCCUUCACAUCACUCAAAAUGACGAAUUUCCACAAAUUAGAAAAAUGAAACCUCUGUUACAGUAAGGUUUUUAGGCCUUAGAUAUUUGAAACAGUGAGGCAAAAUUAGCCAGUAUAACCCAGCCUGUAUGUCUACCUCAGGUUAUGGAUCAUAUGUGGUUAUUGGAAUACGAAAGCAAAUGGAAAUACAACGAAAGUCCAAAUGCACAAGAGGAUCACAAACAGCUCAACAAUUUUUUGCAAAUGCUUCAAAGAAUUGUUACUGACAGUGAACAUGACUUUGUUUCCAGCUCAGGUUCAUUUCCAAAAUGUAUUUUUGAAAGCUUUGAAUGGCUAAUGCUGAUGAAAGUUUUACUUGUAGGCUCAAAGGACAUUGAUGUAAGCAGUGUUAGCCUCAGGAUACUGUCGCAGACGCUAAAAGCACAUAUUAGAGUCGCCAGAUGGGAAUAGUCUUUGAAAUCCAUCAAGGCCACACAAUAAUUUGCUUAUCCUCACAGUAGGAUGUAUUCAGCUCUAAUACUCUUUGACACAAACAAGGGAGUAUGCCAAUUAUUAAUUUAGACAGGUUAAACGGCGGAAUGAGUCCAAAUUUACUUUGAUCAGUUUGAUAAAGGUCAUUAUGCUGCUCAAGGGAGGAUGUUAAGUGUAGAAUAUUGGAGAAAGAUAACUUUUUAAAAAGGGCCAAACAGCUGGAAACUUGCUUGAAAUAUAUUUCACAAGAUUGCGUGGUACAAAACCAUAGUUGGUUUUUCUAUUCUGUGAAUUGAUUCAUUAAAAGAACCGUUCAUCUUUUAUCGUCUUUCAUUCGAGCUGUACAUUGCAGUAAGAUUCUUUGAAUUAGUGGCUGUUGGGAUUACUGCCAAGACAUCCCUACACAUUUUGAUGCCUUUCUCGAUAUAUUGUGGGUUUCUGCUGCAUUUAAAACAUGUCGGGUGGUCAUCAUUUUUUAUUGUUUUCAUCCUAGGUGUACUGUUCUGUAUAUUGGCAUUUCUUUUUGUACAAAAACUGGGUGAGAAUGUAAAGGGGGGGGAAUUGUGCAGUAGUACUUUUAUUUUCAUGUGAAUCCAACAGUGAGAAGGUGCUUUGCUGUGGUGUACCAACUUGGUCAUUGUUAGUUGACUCACUGAAAUAGGAUUUUAAAUGAUGUCACAUGUAAACUACUGGCUGAUUGAAAGGGUGUGCUCAAAUGUAAAAGAUAAAUUCAAAUCUUCUUGGUUUGUUUGCCAAGGAUUUAUUAUCCCGAUAUGAAAUGUCUACCUCCACCAUAACACAGUUGUGCAAUAUAACAUUGUAUACCGUUUUCAGAGUUGUAACCAUAACACUUAUACAAGAGUAGCUAUCUAAUUAAUACAUAUGGGUGUAUAAACUCUUUGCCAGCAUAUCGCACUAUUUGUUGUAUUUGCUCUAAUGUCAUUGUAUAAGUCUAGCAUUAUUUCUUUAAUUUAUCUUAAAACACCAGAAACAUCAAUGAAUUGAUCCGUUUGAAAUAUUUUUGUUCCCUGACACAGAUUGACACAAAUAGGAGAAAUGUUAUUCUUUGAAAAAAUCACAGGAACUUAAGUUUAUGUUGAGUGAAUCCUGCAAAGAGUAUACUUUUGAGAAGAUUGAUAUCUCAAAACUUGAGAAAAUGAGACAGACAUGUUUAAACGAAUGGAAACCUGUAAAGAUGUUUAUUUUAUUUUUGGUAAACUGACCCUUUAACCUGCUUUCUCUACCUGUGACAUCAUGUAACAUCCUCUUCCACUCUGCUAACUUACAAUACAAUUUAAGUGUGUACUUGACUUGACAUAGUCAUGACUCUCACCAGAGAUAGGAACAAAAACAAGAAAAAAACAUGUUUCUGUGUGAAAACAUUUUGCUACAAAAGAAUAUAAA